AUGAAAGCAUUAAAACUAUCUUCCGGGAAAGGGAUCAACAACUCAAUUCAAGCAAGGCUAAGGAGCAUCAAAUCACAGAUCGGCCUGCUCGAAGAUCGUCUGAAGGAGAGUACCGAGUCAGUUGGCAGAGAUAUCAGCCCUCACCUUGCCGUCAACCAGAAGGGGGAGGAAUAUAGCCUUAUCGAUGCUACGGAGGCUCAGAGUGAAGAGAAUAAGAACCUUCUCAAUGGAUCAGCAACUAGGCCUAACAAGAAGCCUGAUCCAUGGACCACAAUCUCAUUCGAACAUGACGCCAAAAGCGAUUCGACUGCGAAUGAAUCUAAAGCAUUCGGCUAUGAUGGUUCGAAUCUCCAGACCUUGGUAAGACUCAUACUCACCUCACUCGCUGGCGGAGAGCUAUUAUUUACUCCUAGCAGGCUUCACAGCGAGCUUUUCCAUGGUUAUGAAAUCGAUGCUCCACAAACAACCAAACUUAGUCCUGGCGCACCCAAAAUUCAGUCCUUGUUAGCCGCAAGAAACGACGAAGCGUUGGCAGAAUAUGGGCUUUUCCCAACAUACCCAACUGCAUUCAUUGUUGCUGCAAAUACCGAAAUCGAGAUUGCAUGUGGAGAAGCCCAUGCAGAUGAAUUCAUGAAAGCAUCUGCAUCAAACACAAACAUGGCUGUUAGAUAUGGCCCUUGGGGCGCGAAGGCAAGCGCAAACCUCAAAACUGAGAACUCGAGUUCCAACUCAAGAAUGGAGGCCACCGCAACCGGAAUGAAACUCUCAUUCCAAGCACCACAGAUCAUUGGCUGGGUCAGCGAGAUCUUGCCACAGUUGCCCCGAGCUAAGAAGACCCCAGAGGGAGGGAUGACCGGAGGCCCUAUCGCACUCUUCAGGAACCAUGAUUAG